AUGAGUCGGACGACACAAAAUGGUGUCUUGACCCACGUGAUUAGUUUCCCUACUCUCCGAAGACCACCAUUCUACAUUGCGUCAAGAAUGACGAGUAGUCCUACGGAAAGCGAUGCUCUCCUGCCCAAGCAUUCGAAUUCCGACGGGACGGGAUCUGAUGCGGACCGCCGCAACCGUCCGCGACCGGGGCCACUGGAAAUUACCCCUGCGCGAAGGCGGAGAAUCUUAGCAGGGGUGUGGUUGGGUACUUUUUUGUCGACCUUGAAUCGUGCGCACGCGAAUCUCCAUUCUCAUUCUAUCCCUUGUAUCUCACCACCGCGCGCCCGCCAGAAACGCUCGUACCCACCAGUAGGCGCGAUCGUUCUUUUCCCGCGAUCAGUUCUGACACCGUGUAUCCAAGUGACUCCGUCGAUAUCCUCAGAGUUCAACAAGUUCCACCAAGCGAGUUGGCUGGGAACAGCGUUCCUUCUCGCAACUUGCACAUUCACCCCGCUCUACGGCCGACUGUGUAAUGUGAUGGGCCGUCGUGGAGCUAAUCAAACGGCGCUCGUCUUCGCUACGCUUGGCACCAUCGGAUGCGGUCUGUCCACCAAUAUGGAACAGCUCAUUCUCGCUCGUUUUCUCGCGGGCAUCGGCUCGGGCGGGCUGCACACGACCUCAACGAUCGUGGUCAGUGACAUGUUUUCUCUGAGGGACCGCGGCCUUGUUCAAGGUUUCCAAAGUUGUGUCAUCGGGCUGGGGCAAGGCUUGGGGGGACCUUUCGGGGGGCUUAUCACAGACCUAUUUGGUUGGCGAGCAGCCUUUUUGCUUCAGCUGCCGUUCUUCCUCUUGGCGUUCGUGAUCACCACCUCCAAUCUUAACUACGUCACACCGGGCAAGUUGAAAAGCGCCAAGGAGGUGCUGAAACGCAUCGACUACUUUGGCAGUCUCACGCUUUUGGGCGCGGUGGGCUCCGUCCUCGUCUUCCUGAGCACCAAAUACAACGAGGCUCGCCCUGUACAGCUUUUGUCGCAUGGACGGGUGAUCGCACCCAUAAUCACGGCUGGGGUGUUCACGCUAGCAUUCCUGUUGGUCGAACUAUUCAUCGCACCGGAGCCGGUGAUGGCGCCUGCCCUGCUCCGUCAAAAAAUCCCGGUGCUCGUCAGCAUGUCCAACUUCCUCGUGGCGGCCUGCAACUUCUCCGUGACGUAUUUUUUCCCGAUGUGGUUCCAGGUGGUCACACUCGAGAGUGCAUCGAGCGCUGGGCUCCAUCUCGCGCCCAAUAGCGUGGCGCUGUCCACCGGAUCGGUAUUCGCCGGCUGGCUGAUGCAUCGGAGCGGGCGGUACAAGAAAAUCAACCUGUCUUUCGGCCUGUUUCCGUUCAUUGGUGCUACGCUGAUUUCGUUCCUCCGCGAGGAUUCUGGGUUCAUUCAGUCCUGGCUCAGCAUCAUCCCGCUUGGAUUCGGCAAUGCUGUGGUCCUGCAAACAACGCUGAUGGCUCUGCUCGCUUAUCUGCCCGCGUCGCACAUGGCUGUGGGGACUGGUUUCGGGCAACUCUUCCGAGGGAUAGGACAAGUCGGUGGCGUGGCGGUCUCGUCCGCUAUCUUCCAAUCCCGACUUGACUCCCAAUUGCGACAGCGAAUUCACGGUCCUGAUUCUGAGGAGAUCAUCCGCAAGAUCCGAGAAUCCAGUGCGGUAGUUCGCACACUGGAGCCCGAACUGCAAAGCAAGGCGAAAGAAUCCUACGCGAUCGCGCUAAAAACUGUGUUCAUUUUCUCCGCCGUCUCGACUCUCCUCGCGUACAUGGUCCGAUUGCCAAUCCCCGACCAAGACCUAGACCAAGCCCAUGCUCGCCGGAGCAAGCCGGCUGGGGGCAACGCACAGAGCGACAACCCCAACGCGGACGCAGGCCCGAGUAACAGCAGCACCCCGCGCAGUUACUCGCCCUCACCGUCCCCGUCUCCGAUCGGCCGGGUUGGCGAUCAGCCGCGUCCGACUUGGGAGGCUUUUGGCCGCCGCCAGCAGAAGCGGAGACUUUCUGUGUUUGAGCCGAAUGAAGGCACGCAGGAUCUUGAGAGCGAUAAGAUUGGGGGAUCGGCGCGGGCUAUUCCGCAGAUCUCUGUCCAGGGCGAUGCUCGCCCGAGUUUGUCGGGGGAUGCGCGCUGAGUUGAGAGUCAGUUCGAGGGUGUGGGAUAGCUCCAAAAUAUAUGCGCAUAGACGUUCUACGACUGGCUUGUUAUAAUGACCCUGUGAUGCGCAGCAAAAGCUGUUGGAUAUCAGCCAGGCGUAACCUUGCGCGCACUUGUUUCUUUUCGACGUAAACCACAUGGGUAUCACGUCUUCCCUCGCGACUAUCUGAUAGAGAUAUCCAGGUUCGAUUGAGUAUACAGCUUUCACAUGAACCAGUGUACGCUGAAGUACUGACAGCACAUUGUUCCUCCAAUAUCACGACCGUGGCUCUCAAUCGGAUUCCGAGUGAGCAACUUCUCAGGACAAGCUUUGCACGGCUGACAGACACAAACAACUCAUCGUACAAUUACAUGGAGAGAAACUGCGCACAUAGCGUGAAAUAGAUGAAAGACCGAGGCCAAUUUGGACGAACAACAAAAAAGGACCGACGAUGUUGUGGGGCAUACUUUGACGGUUCCGCGCGCAGAAAGCUUCAACCACCAACUCAAUCUCUCCAAAUAAGUUUCACUGACGACCAUAUUGAAAAGAGGUUUCUGAAGAGCAGGUUUCGGAAAAGACGUGGUGUCUGGUAUAUAGGAGUCAAUGAGAGUCAAUGCUUUCAGUUUGAGAGUCCUGUUGGGAAAUAGGGGUCGUAUCAUAUGCCCAGACGGUAAUCGGGCCGAGUAACAGCCGAUUUCCUUUUUCUGACGGCGACGGCGACGGAGAAGCCUCUUGUCACUCAGAACGCUCUUGCGAGGGACAGCAGCGAGCGCUCACGCAGGCUCAUAGACUAUUCCAGAAUCCUUGUUUUGUCGCACGGAAACAUUCCGCCAUGUCGUCAAUAUUGAAUGCGAUCGCCCGCCAAGCACCGAGACGCACAUCGAAGCUCUGCAUGAUUCGCAAGCCUGUAUCGGGUCCCGCACUUCGGGCAGCAGCAUCGACAUCCUCCUCUACUGGCUCCACCCGUCCGCCCCGCCGUCCGCUGAGCACCCUCGCCGCAGCAUCGCUCGUCGGCGCAGCCUCCCUCAGCGCAUACACCCUCGGCUCGCUCUACCCCCCACCCCUCCUCAGCCUCCUCUACCCUCGGCCCGCGCCGGGUCCCCCGUCUGACAUCAGCUCCGCCGAGUCCCUCGCCUACACCGCCGCGCUCGAGGCCGAGCUGCAGAGCCUGCCCGCGCUCGCCGCGCUGCGCACGCGCGCCGACGCGGGCGAGUGGUACGAGACGCGCCCGCAGACGAACAUCCCCGAGGACGUGCGCGUGAACAAGCUCACGUCGGGCGCGCUGCGGGGCCCGGGGCGGCUUGCGCUGUACCCGCUCGCGCGCGUGAAGACGGACGAGUCGGCCGCGGUGAUCUUUAUCCACCUCGGGCGGGGGCUGUGUGGGCACGAUGGGAUCGUGCAUGGUGGGCUACUGGCGACGUUGUUGGAUGAGUGCUUGGGCCGAAAUGCCAUCAUCAAUCUCCCGGCCAAGGUCGGGGUCACCGCUACCCUGGGGCUGAAGUACAAGGCGCCGACAAAAGCUGACCAGUUCGUCAUGAUCAAGACUGAGCUGGUCGAACUAAAAGGCCGGAAAGCGAUCGUCAAGGGCACCGUAGAGGCCCUUGAUGGAACAGUUCUGGUCGAGGGAGAAGCCCUUUUCAUUCAGCCUCGCUACGCCAAGC